GAGUCGAUUAAUUGAAUGGUUAGAAGGAGACAAGUUUAAUAGACAUCUAUUAAUUACAGAGCAUUAGGUUUAGUUGAACAUAUCUUUUUUAUUUUAAAUAGGAUAGAUUUAUGUCCUUUAUUGUCGGGCAGAAUUAGUAAAUUUCUGAUACUAAAAUAUCUUUGAGGAUAGUAGUUUUCUUAUCUUUUACCUCUCUCACUGUUACUAAUGGUGAAAGAAAAAAAGAAAAAUGAAAACAGAGAAAAUAUGAAGUAAAAAGUGAAAAUCCCUAAACGGAGACCUUUCGUAAAAUUUUGAGAGGAGAAAAAAAUAUACUUUGAGGAAAAGAGAAAGAAAUUGUGGCAGUUUAUUUCUCGCGUGGUAGGUGCUCCUGAUCUGCCAUUGGCGAAAAAUCAUGGCAGAAACUGAGGUUUCAACGGAGGUGUCAAAUGUGGUCGGAAUUGAGGAGAAAUGUCUGUCGGAAAUGAGCUCUUGCAAGGAUCUACCCAAGCCUGAUAGCAAUGGGACCAGCGAUCUUGAGAAUUCUUAUGUUUUUGUGUCUGGUGAUGAUGGCCUCUCCGAUGAUACUGUCGGUGAUAAGGAUGCGGGGGGUGAGGGUUUGAGUAUUCUGCCCGAAUCGAAGGCUGUUACCGUUGAGGAACGUGGGGAGAAAUUGGAUGCUGGAAAUGAGAAAUUGGAUCCUGAGAAUGCGAAAUUGGAUCAUGAAAGUGAGAAACCUUACAGUGAAAAAUUGGAUCCUGAAAGUGAGAAAUUGGAUCCUGAAAGUGAGAAAUUGGAUACAGUUAGUACGGAAGUUAGUGAACCCUUGAAUGAAAGGGAAAACGGAAAUGUCGAGUUGAGAAAUGGGGAUCUUACAGUAGUAAAUGUUAGUACCUCAAAGCUUGAGAGUUCGCUUGAGCAAGGGGACGGAGGGGAAGUUUCUCUUGCUGAUUCUGUUGAGGAUAAUAUUGGGGAAACUGAAAUUGUGGUAGAAGCUGAAGUUGAAGUGGUGAAGGAUCCAGAUGGAGAGAUUGCAGAAGCUGUGGUGGACCAAAAUGUAGUUGCCUCUGACUCGCGAGAUGUGAGUGUGGAGGCUAACGAUGAGGUGAAGUUAGAGAGAGAAGUUGUGAAAACUUUGGAAGUUGAAGUUCCUACAUCGACUUUCUUGGAUUUGGAUUUGAAGACGUGUCCAAUAAAAAACGAGGAAGAGACACUUAUGGAGAUAUCAAGAGAGAAUGUCGAAUUGAAUAUUGUUUCGUCCAACACCAAUGAUUCUGGUAAUGCAAACGAUGAAUGUGCAGAUCAGAUUAACUUGAGCGUAACUGAAGCAUCAGAAGCAAGUCGGGGAUCUAAAGACGUGGUUGUAAAUGUAGCUGACUGUGAUUUGCAAGAUGUGAGCAAGGAGACCAAUGAUGAGAUAAAAUCGGAGAGAGAAGUGGUGGAAACUGCAGCACAUGAAAUUCCAGCAUCAACAUCAUCGGAUUUGGAAUUGGAGCCGCAUCCAAUUAAUAACAAGGAAGAGAAAGUUGAGGAGGAGGCGACGACAACUUUGAGUUCAUCUGUACUUCAAAGUCAACAGUGUGAUACACUUGACAACAAUGUUCCUGGUAUACUGGAACCGACGGACGAAGCAAAAACUAGCCCGAUUAAUACUGAUGGUCAUGUGGAAACUGUUGGAGACCUUGUUUUAGAAGAAAAAGGUAAGGAAGAUUUCUCUGUAUGUCAUGUUAAUGUUGAUAAUGGUGUUCAGUAUCAUGAAGAACCUGAGAUACACCUUGACGGCAGUGAGGUGUCUGGUGCAACUAGUCUAUCUGAAACCAAGACUGAGGCUUUUGCGCCGACUCAAAGCUUUCCAACUUCGAAUGAUUAUGAACCUGAGAUUGAAAAUGUAAUCUCUGAUGCUGAAACUAUUGGAGCGGUUUCUUCUUCACUUGCUGAUGGUCCAAAAUCAGAAGAAGUUGAAGAAGCACUUCCUGUUCAUGACAGUUCGAUGAGGAGUUACUCCAAAGAGGCAAGCUUAGGAUCUGACUCUACACUUGACACAGCUGUUCUUGCAGAGAAAGAACCAACUUCUCAAUUGGGUGAACCCCAUGCUGAAACUAGAGUUUCAAGUGAGAAAGCCAAAGCUGCAGAUAGCCCACCUGAAACUUUUGAUGUGAAAUCCUGCAGCCCACCUGAAAAUUUUGAUGUGAAAUCGUGCAGCCCACCUGAAACUUUAGAUGUGAAAUCGAAACCUGGAGAUCAUGUUCAUAACGUUUCUACCAUAAGCAGCGUAGAAACGAAUGGUAGUGUGACUCUCGCAUGCAGAACAGAGGUUUCAGAUAAAUUUGAUGUUGAGGAAGGUGCAGCUAACAUUGUGUCAGACAAAAGAGACGUUGAAGACAUGGUAGAUCAAUUGGAUGGUGCUGUAGGAAAUAGUAAUGAUAACUUGUCCUUGCAAGAAAAUGAGGAAAGUGAAAAUUCUUCCAGCAACAACAUAUCCGUCGCUUCAAUAGGUGGUUCCUCGAUCGACGGAGAAGCAGCAAUUAUUAAGACGAAGCCGAAGCCAUUCAACUUUUUGGUCAGGGUACCAAGAUUUGAUGAUGAAAGCCUUCGAGAACAAAUCAGGCUUGCAAAGCUACAUGUUGAUGAAAAGACAAAACUGAGGGAAGCUGUACAAGUCCAAAUACAGGAAAAAAGAGCCAACACUCAGAUUCAUGGGAUCGAUUAUGAAUAUGCCAAGGGUGAAGCUAGAAGUGCACGGAAGUUGGUGAGAUCAAAACGCGUGGAAAUAGAUUCUCUUCAGGCUGUCAUUAACAAAGCCAAGAAUGCGUUAUCUAUUGAGGAUAUUGAUAGCCAGAUGUACAAUAUGGAACGUAUGAUUCAGCAUGAGACUCUUCCCUUGAAAGAAGAAAAGCAGCUCAUUCGUGAAAUCAAGCAACUGAAGCAAAUUCGCGAACAAUUGUCUUCUAAUAUUGGUAGCCAAGAUGAAAUCAACCAGGCACUUGAACAGAGAGAGGAGGUUGAAGAGCGUUUAAAGAUUCUAAGGAAGGAGCUUGAUGUGCUUAAAGGAAGAGUCUUAAAAUCUGAGGCGGUUGCUACGGAAGCGGAAAAGAAAUAUGACGAUGAAAAUAAAAAGGUUAGGGAACUUCAGACUCAGUUUAGAGCUGCAAAUGAUGUGCGCCAAGAAGCAUACGCUCAGUGGCAAGAUUUGAGAAAAGAACUUUCGGAGAAGACCAAACACUUUUUCAAGUACAAGGACAGUGCAGCUCUUGCAAAUAAUUAUGCAUUUACCAGGGAUAGGGAGGCUCUUUACCGUCUGUGCUUUAAUAAUGUGGAAAAUUUCAUGGAACUGUGGAACACAAGCGAGGAGUUUCGCACAGAUUACGUUAAAUUCAAUGCAAGGAGUUACGUAAGGAGAUUCGGUACUUUAGACGGGCGCGCACUUGGCCCCGAUGAGGAGCCUCCUAUACUACCGAGUUAUGUUAAUGACAGAGUUAAGAUGGUCCCGACUCCAGUCAAGGUUGAUGUUCUUACAUCACAAACUCCAACUCUAGAGCUAAAGCAAGAACCAAUGGUCGAAAAUGUGACCUCAGAGGUUAAAACUGUGAAGAAAAUGACGGAACUUAAGAAUCAAGAAGUGACGAAUAAGGGACUUGCUAUACAUAUACACUCGAAUGGCUUGGACACCGUUUCUGUUAAGGAGAUUCCUGAUGAGGUGCAAGAGGAGCCAAAGAAAUCGAAGGAGGAGAUUGAGUCGAUAAGGAAAGUAGAGGAAAGGAGAAAGGAGGAGGUUGAAGCUAAGUUGAAAGAAGAACGAAGGUUGGAGGCACUAGCCAAGGCUAACGAGGCACGUGAGAGGAAGAAACGACAAGCGGAAAAGUUACAGAUGAGAGCAGAACUCAAGACACAGAAGGAAGCAGAACUGAAAGAAAAGGAGAGGGAGAAGAGGCAGAGAAAGAAGGAAAGAAAGAAGGCUGCUUCAGACGUCAACGACAUAGACACAGCUCCAAGCUCUGAAACCGCUUCGGUAAUUAGCAUCGACACCGAAGCGAAGGACACUACUACUACAACUACUUCUUCUUCAGCAGUACCUAAAAAGGCGCAGAAAUCGUGGUUAUUCGCAAAGCAGAGCAAGGCAAAAUCAGUUGUGCCGCCAGCUCUACGCAACAGAAACAAGAAAAGAUUGCAGCAGUGGAUGUGGGUGGGUGUCACAAGCCUGGUUAUUCUACUUCUGUUCUGGCUGGGAAAUAUCGGUGUUUUUUCAAGCAUACAUUACAAGCGACGAAGCCCUGUUAUCUGAUUUUGCCCUUUUUUGCAUGUUAGACUCGGAUUAAUUCGGCGGGUUUUGUUCUAGAGACGGAUAUAUAGAUAAUAUAGGGUGGUAUACUACUUUGGUUCCUUACUAAGAUUAUUUGGUCAAUGUUUUAGAUUAGUAUAGAGUUCUUUAAUGGCUUUAGUUCAUAUACAUGAUUGAUAUAGAACUCUUUUUGUUUUUUGCAUUGAUGGAUAUGGUUUGAGGAGUAAAAAACUUUCAACAAUGGUGUUUGAAUAUACUCUAUUUUCAUUGGCUUUGUAUUUCAUUGUUAUAA